AGUUCCAAAAUGUUCUUGUUUGGUGUGCAGGAAUCUUCAAAAUUUUCUUAGUGUUCUGAUUCACAAUAGGACGGACUGACUGACUGACUUGACUGACUACAAGAAGAGAGAUUUGUUUAAGUCUCCAGAUGUGUUCUUUUAACAAGUAAGGAAAAUGGGUGGCUGCAUUUCAACUAGUGCACAGAGCAAUUUCAGUAAUGGACAGAAGGAUUCUUCUUCCUUCAACUCUUGCAUGGGUAUUGGGUUGUGUAGGUUGAAGCGAGAUUGUAAACCAUUUGAUGAUCAUGUCUCACAAGCACAAUAUUUGUCCUCAAUUCCUAACCGGAUAUUCACAAACGGGAGAAGCCAAACUUCAUGCAUAUUCACUCAGCAGGGACGUAAGGGAGUAAAUCAGGAUGCAAUGAUUGUCUGGGAAGAUUUUAUUUCCGAUGAUGUGACUUUCUGCGGAGUCUUUGAUGGUCAUGGUCCAUAUGGUCAUAUUGUAUCUCGCAAAGUAAGGGAUGCAUUGCCAUUAAAGUUAUCAUCAUUUUUCAAUGCUUAUGAAUCAAAGCAAAACGGUUCUGGUAGUGCACUUUGUGUUGGACAUCCAAAGAAGGCAGAGAGGGGAAUUGAUGAUGGAAGUACUGUGGAGGAUGAUGAAGUUGAAUUGUUAUGGAGAGAAGUGUUUCUUAAAUCAUACAAGGAAAUGGAUAAAGAACUCAGAUCCCAUCGUCACGUGGAUUGCUUCUGCAGUGGUAGCACUGCUGUCACUGUGCUGAAGCAGGGAUCAAAUCUUUUCAUGGGAUAUAUUGGAGAUUCUAGAGCAAUAAUGGGAUCUAAGGACAGUAAUGAUGAUUCCAUGGUGGCAAUUCAAUUGACUGUUGAUCUAAAGCCAGACUUGCCAAGGGAAGCUGAAAGGAUAAAACGCUGUAAAGGAAGGGUGUUUGCAUUGCAAGAUGAGCCUGAAGUGUCACGGGUUUGGUUGCCUUUUGAUGAUGCCCCUGGUUUAGCAAUGGCCAGGGCAUUUGGCGAUUUCUGUCUAAAGGAAUAUGGAGUCAUUUCAGUUCCUGAAUUUUCUCAUCGGGUUCUUACAGAUAGAGAUAAAUUUGUUGUUCUUGCGUCGGAUGGGAUUUGGGAUGUCUUGAGCAAUGAAGAGGUGGUUGAGAUAGUAUCAUCAGUUUCAACUAGGUCAUCAGCAGCUAAGGUCAUAGUUGAAUCUGCAGCCAGAGAAUGGAAAUCAAAAUACCCAACAUCGAAGAUGGAUGAUUGUGCGGUUGUGUGUUUGUUCCUUGACGGAAAAAUGGAUUCUGAAUCAUCGGAUUGCGAAGAACAAGGUUUCUCUUCAGCAACACUGCACAGCAACCAUUCAGGCAAUGUCAUUGAAUCAGAAGAUGUCUAUGAACCUUACCUUCAAAGAAACGUUACUGUAAGGUCAACCGAAGAAAAUGAUACAUACAAACAUCUAGUAGAAGCAGCAGCAGUAGCAUCAGAAACGGGUGUCAAAUCAUCUCCAGGUUCUUGUGAAGAUCACAAUUGGUCAGGAUUGGAAGGUGUUACACGAGUCAACUCAAUCGUUCAACUUCCAAGAUUUACCGGUGAACAAUCCCCCAACUUAAUUGAACUGUAGAAAAGUCUUCAUAAUUUUUUUUGUAUGUAUUGUUGUAUGUAUGUAGUAUGGUCUGAUUGUCUAUCAGUUUGUGUGUAUAUUCAUUCUGAGUGCAAGAAACAAUAUGAUGUAACCUGGUUUAGACAGACAGAGUUCAUCAAAUGAAGUAAAGCAGACUGAAGAUUGGUUUUCCCAGAAUCAAUCAAUCAACAAAUGAAUGGCAAAGCCAGCUGCAGCAACUUGCAGGAAUUCUUCUUCUUCUUCUUGAAUGCAUUUGUUAUAAAUUUUGACACUUGAGCUCUCAAUGCAAUGCUUAUAAUCUUUAUU